UCAAAGUGAACAGACACAAACAGAUGAUAGACAAUUGGGACAAGUUGUUGUCAGUAAGGCCUUCUAGCUGGCUUCAGGUUGAACGUGACAUUUACGCAUGCUUAGUGGGAUGUUAGCAGAUGAAUUUUAGAACAUACACAGUUGAUAGAUAGUUGUGAUAGCCAAUCAGAUAACAAGUUGUUCACAGUAGCCUCUCUCGUUGUUAACGAGACUGUGAUUGGAUACUCACUCGCCAUUCCAAAGUUAGUAUCCAAUCACAAGUUGCAAUUUAGCAGAAAGCAGUUAGUGUUGACCCACAAAGAAGGAGAACAAAACGUUGAUUAGGUGGCAUUUUCAAGGCCAGUUUCAAGAAGGAUAUUUAAAGAGAAACCACAUCUUGUGAGACGAUGUCGGCGAUGAAAUGGACAAAUGCCCGCCAUUUCCACUCGGCCGACUACGAGGGGUACCACAGGCUUAUACGACGUCAAAUGGGUCCUACAAAUUUUCCCAGGGAUGGCUGUCCUGGAUUUGCAAUCAAAUUGUCAUCUUCCUCGUACACAUCUGCACCUUUAUAACCUUUCCCAUAACGGGAUGGUUUGUAUUAAAGACCGUGCCUAACUACCAAAGGAUAGUGGUCUUUCGCCUGGGUCGCAUCUGUCCUUCAAAGGGUCCUGGUAUUGUCCUGCUGCUGCCCCUCAUUGACCAGUGGCAGAGGGUAGACUUGCGCACACGUGCUUUCAAUAUACCUCCAUCCCAGGUGAAUACCAUGGAUGGUGGCCUCAUGUCUGUAGGUGCAGACAUUCAGUUCAGAAUUUGGAACCCAGUCUUGUCAGUGGUUUCAGUUCAGGACCUCAACGCCUCUACCCGGAUGACCGCACAGAAUGCUUUAACUCACAGCCUUACCAAGAAGACGAUCAGGGAGAUUCAAACAGAGAGAGUGAAACUUGGAGAAUAUCUUGGCAUGGACAUAAAUGAAAUGACUCGACCAUGGGGUCUGGAGAUAGACCGGGUAGAACUUACACCAGGAUCUCUUCUUAAAGCUCCUGAGGGUGCACCUUCUGGACCUGUCAUGGUUCCUCCAUCUGUACCAGGCAUGGAGGGUCUCGCAGGCCCCCUUCAGCAGCUGGCCAUGCACUUUAUCAGCAACAGCUCGCAACAACAAGAGAGCAGUGUCACCUUUAUAGAUGAGCAGACAUCGCAGACAUCUGUUGAAGAGCUGCUCCACAAGGUCAAACGUGUCCUUUCUGAAGCUUUGGUGAACCAGGUGGGCGCUUGCUUCCAGUUUGACAUCAGCUCAGAAGAUGGACAGCAUCACAGCUACUAUGUGGAUUUGAGCCAAGGCUGCGGUGCGGCUGGAGAGGGGCCCCUGUGUGGAGAGCCUGACGUAACACUGACCAUGUCUGAGGACGACCUUCUGGCCAUGUUCCAGGGUAGGCUGGGACAGUUUGCGGCUUACAGCUCUGGUCGACUUCAAAUUCAGGGAGAUGUGAGCACAGCUAUGAAGUUGGAGGAACUAAUAAAGCUGCUCCAGAAAUAAUGUUUGAAUAUGAUAUUCAUUGAAUGUUUAAGUUGACGUGAAAACAUUAUUUUUUGUAUACAUGAUUGCUAUAUAUUGCUUUUUCCUUUAUGGAGAUUCUUUGUGAUCAGCUUUAUUUAACAUUACAAUAUGUUAUUAUAAUGGUAGUAUUUUGCACUGAAGUACACGCAGACUUUUUCAGUGUUUUAGCUACAAGGUUGCAAUAAACAGUUUGGAACUUGAA